CGGACACACCGGCCGGGCACUGUCCCUCAGACACACACCUCAUCAUUUCCUGCUGCAUCAACACACACGCACACACACCCACACCGGUCGGCGGAGGAGACGGCAGCCGGUUUGCAGCAGACGGUUUGAACCAUCUUCUGGAGAGACAGACUGUACGGUAGCAGGACAAAGCUGAGAUUUAAUUCUCACAGUGUGGAUCCAGACUUCUUCGCCCUGUUGAUCACCUGAAAUCUGGACAAAAGGAUUUUUCACUGCUACACAUCCUAACAUGGACAGGAAUAGGAAGUGGGUGCCGGGCACCGGAGCUGUGCUAUUGAUACUCUUCAGUCACAUGACUUCAGCGUUGGAAGUGCCUCUCGAUCUGCCCCAACCCCCCACCAUAACGCUACAGUCCCCAAAGGAUUACAUCUUUGAUCCACGGGAGAACAUCGUCAUCAACUGUGAGGCCAAGGGGAAGCCUCAUCCCAGCUUUUCAUGGACACGAAAUGGGAGCCACUUUGAUGUCGAGAAAGACUCCAAAGUUCUGAUGAAGCCUGGUUCAGGAACUCUGGUCAUUGACAUCAGUGGGGAAAAGGCUGAGGCUUACGAGGGAACAUACCAGUGUACAGCUCACAACGAGCACGGCACAGCUGUAUCCAACAACAUUGUCAUUAGGCAGUCCAGGUCCCCCUUGUGGUCGAAAGAGAGAAAUGAGGCCAUCACAGUGCAGAUGGGGAUCUCCCUCGUGCUGCAGUGCCGACCCCCUGCUGGGCUGCCCCCACCCGUCAUAUUUUGGAUGGACAAUAAUUUCCAGAAGCUUCCGCUGGAUUUACGAGUGUCCCAGGCACUGAACGGAGACUUGUACUUCUCCAAUGUUCUCCCAGAAGACACCAGAAGUGACUACAUCUGCUACGCCCGCUUCCCCCAUACACAAACCAUCCAGCAGAAACAGCCCAUCUCAGUCUCCGUGCUGGAAAUGGAUACAAUGAAUGAGACUCUGGCUGCUUUAUACAAUGUCACUGAUUUCUAUAGUGGUGACCCAGUGGGGGAGCGCCGUCCUGGUUUCAUGACACCUCUGGGUGCAACCAGCACCAAGAUGGUUCUGAAAGGGGAGACUCUGGAGCUGGAAUGCAUCGCUGAGGGCUUGCCCACUCCAGAGAUGACCUGGCAGAAGGACGGAGGUGAGCUGCCGAGCAGCAGGAUAACUUUCCAUAACUUCCAAAAAACGCUGAAGAUUUCUGAUGUGAAUGAAGCUGAUGGUGGCGACUACCGCUGUACAGCCAAAAAUAAACUGGGCACUGCACACCACAUCAUCAAGGUUACUGUCAAAGCGUCCCCUUUCUGGGUCAGUGCUCCCAGGAACCUGAUCCUCGCUCCAAAUGAGACUGGCAUCCUGACUUGUCGAGUCGGUGGAGAACCCAAACCGAAGAUUAGCUGGUUUGUCAAUGGAGUCUCCAUAGAAAAUGCACCUGAGGACCGCAGCCGCAAGGUGGAGGAUGACACUGUUAUACUCAGCAACGUGCAGCAAGGGUCAAGUGCUGUCUACCAGUGUAACGCAUCCAAUGAAUUUGGCUACCUGAUGGCUAAUGCUUUUGUCAAUGUUCUUGCUGAGCCACCAAGAGUACUCACUCCACCCAACAGAGUGUACCAGGUCAUCACCAACAGCCCUGCCUUACUACACUGUGCCUCCUUUGGCUCACCAAUACCAACUAUCACAUGGUUCAAAGACAUUCAGACCAGCAUUAAGAAUGAUGACCCAUAUGUGAUUCAUGAGAAUGGUACUUUGGAGAUCCAUGUGGCCCAGCCACUUAACAGUGGAAAGUACACCUGCAUUGCCACCAACAACUUAGGCAUCAAAGAGAACCAUGUCUACCUGGAGGUUAAAGAACCCACCCGAAUCCUGAAGCAGCCAGAGUACAAGGUGGUGCAGAGAGGCAUGAGCGCUGAGUUUGAGUGUAAAGUCAAACACGACCCAUCCCUCAUCCCAACAAUGAUCUGGCUCAAAGACAAUGGGGAGCUGCCUGAUGAUGAGAGGUUUGAAGUGGACACAGACAGUCUUAUUAUCAAGGAUGUGAUAGAGGAGGAUGAGGGCACUUACACCUGCAUCAUGAACACCACCCUGGACCAGGACUCAGCCAGUGCCAUGCUGACUGUUGUUGAGGCUACUCCUACUCCAGCUAUUGUCUACGAGCAACCUGACCCUCCGACUGAUCUGGAAUUGACUGACCAGACAGAGAGGACUGUUCAGCUCAGCUGGAUCCCUGGAGACGAAAACAACAGUCCCACACAGAAGUUUUUGAUCCAAUAUGAGGAUCUGCUACACCAGCCAGGUGUUUGGAUCAACCUGACAGAGGUUGAUGGUACAAGCACCACAGCACAGCUCAACCUCUCCCCGUAUGUCUACUACACCUUCAGAGUGCUGGCUGAGAACCAGGUCGGCUUCAGCCAGCCUAGCCAGGCAUCACGCCAAUACAGAACCAAUCCUGCAGCUCCUGAUGAAAAUCCAUCAGAUGUUCAGGGAGAAGGAACAGAGGCUGACAACUUGGUCAUUUCGUGGACACCACUUACAGGAUUUCAGGCCAAUGGGCCUGGUCUGGAGUACAAAGUGCACUGGAGACAGAAGGGUGUGGAUCAGGAGUGGUCCUCAAGGACUGUGGCCAACGUUUCCCAGUGUGUCGUGACCGGAACUCCCACCUACGUGCCCUUUGAGAUCAAGGUUCAAGCUUCAAACGAUUACGGCAAUGGACCAGAGCCUGGAGUGACGAUUGGAUACUCUGGAGAAGAUGCUCCUUUGUCUGCUCCUGACAGCGUGAAGGUCAUGGUUCACAACAGCACGGUAGCAGAAGUUCACUGGGAGCCUGUAGUUCCCACCUCAGUCAGAGGCAAACUACAGGGUUACAAGGUUUACUACCGUCGUGAACGGGGUUUGCUGGAGACAGAAACGGAGGAGACAGAGCAGGAGGAGCAGGUUUUGACGUUCAGUGGGAACCGCAGCGAGGGACGUCUGCCAGGCCUCCAGCCGUACAGCCUCUACAACAUCCGCAUCAGAGUCCUUAAUAGCAAGGCAGAAGGGCCUCCUAGCACUGACAAGAAAUUUGAGACACCUGAGGGAGUCCCAGGACAACCUGCUUUCCUGAACGUUGAACCUAGUUUGGACUCCCUCACUCUGUCAUGGGGCGCACCACUGAGCAUCAAUGGACGCCUCUCUGGAUACAUACUAAAAUACCAACCAGUAAACAGCACCAAUGAACUGGGACCGCCCAAGAUCAUGAACCUUCUCGCCAAUGAGACCACUGUUACCCUGAGCAACCUGAACUCCAGCAUGCUGUACAAGUUUUAUUUAAGUGCAAAGACAAACAAAGGCUCUGGUCCCUCCAUCACAGAAGAGGGCUUUACAAUCAUUGACACAACUGUACCUAGCCGUCAGGUAGACAUUGCCACCCAGGGCUGGUUUAUUGGCCUGAUGUGUGCCAUAGCUCUCCUCAUCUUGGUCCUCCUCAUAGUGUGCUUCAUCAAGAGGAACAAGGGUGGCAAAUAUCCAGUGAAAGAGAAAGAAGAUGCUCACCAAGACCCAGAGAUCCAGCCAAUGAAGGAGGAUGAUGGGACAUUUGGAGAAUACAGGUCUAUGGAGAGUGACACAGAGGACCACAAGCCGCUGAAGGGUAGCCGGACGCCGUCCAAUGGGACGGUGCGCCGUGACGAGAGUGAUGACAGCCUGGUGGACUACGGGGAGGGCGGGGAUGGACAGUUCAAUGAGGACGGGUCCUUCAUCGGUCAGUACAGCGGCAAGAAGGAAAAAGACACACAUGAAGGAAACGAGAGUUCAGAGGCCCCGUCGCCUGUUAACGCCAUGAACUCAUUUGUCUAACAAAGGGGCCAUGGCCUAGCUGCAACGGGUUGCUAUGGCCACUCCUUGUCACCUUUGCAAUUGUGACCAUGGGAGCUCAGCUCUGUGGUGACAGUUGCUAAGGUGACAGUUGUUAUGGACACCUUUCUUUACCAUGGUGGCUGUCACUUAGGUGGCUAUCGCCAUGGCUACCUGUCACCAAGACUGCUGACACACCCUCAUCUCCACACCCGCUGCCCUGGACCCCCCCACGCCCACCAAAAAAGCUCUUGUCACACUGUGACCUCUUCCUGAUCGACACACAGACACUCAACAUGGCUAAGACGGACACCACAUCGCCCAUGACCACUGAAAGAAGGUGUAAAAUGAGGGA